UUAAAACUAUAGUUUAGGGCAAUUCAUAGUUUGCAAAAAUGUCAGACAAAAGAGUACUUCUGGGGUCUCUAAGGACUAAAAAUGUGAUCAUAAGAGAAAUGAUGUCUGAAUUUAUAGGAACCUUCAUUCUUGUGAAUUCUGUAGGAAUCGCGACAGGAGUGGGACUUAUGAUCGCCGCUUACUUGGGAGCAAAAGUUUCCGGAGGACACGUCAACCCUGUGGUCACAUUAGCGGUGGCAACACUGGGCAAGUUUCCAUGGAGAAAAGUUCCCCAUUAUUUUGUGGCCCAAUAUUUGGGAGGUUUGGUCGCAUCUAUUCUCGUAUACCUCAACUUUUACAAUGCAAUCAAUGAUUUCGAUGGAGGAGUUCGGUCGGCAUUUUUCAACGCCACCAGUACUGCAGGACUGAUGACAACACACCCGACACUAUACUUGACGGCGUGGGGAGCCCUUUGCGAUCAAGUUAACUUC